AUGGUCCCGCCCGGUUUCAUGCUCCAUGGAUUCAUGGAUCAGAACUUGAAUGGUGUCUACGUUCGCAGUCACGAGACGACACCCGGAGACGUGGAAAGGUAUUUUACGUACUGGUGUGUUGCAACCGGUACCUUCGCAUGGUGGCAAGAGAAGAAGCAGCGCUACUGCGUGAGCUUCCCCACAGACCCGAUCCAUGGGAACUUAUGGCAAAGAGUGAAGACAGGAGAAGAAUGGGCUGUGGCCUGGUACCGCCCCAAAUUUGGGCCUGGUCCGGUUGGUGAUAUGGAGGACCGCUGGAUGGAAGUAAACCCGGAAACGGGUGUGCUGGACCUACACCCCAGAGGGGUCAUCACGUACAACAAGCUCGACCGUCCGGAGGUCUUUGCCUACCUGCGGGCGCACUACGGCAGCAUGCCCCCCCCGGAGCCCGCAGACCCACCAGCACUGCGACGGCCGGCGACGAAUCCGUACACGCCGAACUUCAGGACCGGCGGCAACGUCACACCGACAAGUUCGCUCCCUGCAUUGCCUGGCAACACCACGCCACCGGCUAUGUUGGGGGCUCCAGGGACGCCUCCCUGGCGUGAGGGUCGGGAGGAGAGUCCGGCACCAGCCCGUCGAAGCCUGCCUCGGCCGACGAAGCGCCACCGCGCUCUAGGCUAG